GCGCGUCCAAUACAUGAAAACACUCUUAAUCCACAUUUAUGGCUAUUUAAUUGUGUAAACUCGCAGACCGUUCGAUUUUUUGAAGCCUCAAAGUGAUUUUAUUUUGGCUUUGGCCUGUUUUGGUUACAGUGGUGGCUUUUUCUGAUUUUUUUUUGGCCAUUGUGGCAGUCAAUCAUGAAGUAAUAAUGGCUCUGUGAUUUCUGGAAAGCGAAAAAUGUAAUGAAGUCGUAAGCUGCCGCUAACACACGCGAAUUGCGAGAAUUACAAAAGCAACCUAGAACUCGAUGUUAGUACAAUAAACAAGAUUAACACUACCCUGAGAUAUUUCCGCGAUUCCUGUCUUCUGAAGGCGGUCUGAUUGCAAAUGAAGAAAGAUCAAUAACGAACAAUGGUUACUCCGACGUUUGAUUUGUUCAAGCAGACGGUGAUUAACGAACUUCCGUUAAGGAUAGUAACAAAGUUCGAUGGAACAAUUAUGCAUGCUUCAACAUUCUUUUACCAAUUCAUGAGAUUGCAUACCUUGAAAAACAGUAAUAUUCGACACUUUUUAUGGUCCGAAAAAGACAAACGAAAUAUUACGAAAGAGUCGGCUUGGCUCACUGAGCAUCAAGAUAAAAUGGCAACUCUGCACGUUCGUUUAAAGUGUUGUGAUUACCCCCAUGUCUCGGAGACAGAAAUGCAAUUUCUCUAUCUUUCUGGUGAAAACUGUCAUCCAAUUGAUAUGUUUUGUAGGGCAGCGGUAACCGAAUUGCCUGGAAACGAAAAUUAUGGAAUCAGUUGGAUUUUUAAAUGCAUGUACUCGAAAAUGCUUCCAAAUAGUAGUCUCCUAUACGGAGACUUGCUUGAUUCUCUGGGUAUUGGCAUAUUUAUUCUCGACGAAUACGUGCAAAAGGCCGUGAUGAAUCGAGUUCAUAGCAUUGCUCCUCCUUCCAAGGCGCGAUGUUACAUUUGCGAGCAGUUAUUACCACAAUGGUAUUACGAAUUGCAUACUGACUUUUGUGUUAUCUGUCACGAUGUCAUAUAUGAGUUGGAAGAACUUCAGAAACAAUUUCAAGUAAAAUUAGCUACUGUGAACACUAUAAAGCAAGACGCCGAUCAUAAUCUUUUUGACUACAACGGUAACGUUACACUUAUCUCGAAGAACAUGCUUCCGGAAUUUCGUUUAACUGUUGACACAAACGAGACCGUCGUGCUAAAACCAAAAUCAUUAAAGGAAACACUUGACAUUCUUACUCAAGAAUUGAACAAAAUGAUUAAUCUAUGCAACUACUCCAAAGUUGUAUACUUUCCAGAUCCUUCGAAUAACGAAAAAAUCAUGAGUAUGUUGCUCCAGAAGAGUCUUGUAUGGGAUUUUAAGUGCAAGGUGAAGUCCGAUCUAUCUAAAAUGCUCCAUGAUAUACGACACUCCAUAACGAAAAAGAACGAAGCAUUGCUUCGUAUGAAGAAUAAUGUUAAGCUUUUCGGUUUGGUUCUCCAAGAUACGGACUUUAAGAUUCGGCACUUUGCUUCCUUACGCAGUAUCGAAUUCAUUCCUUCCAAUCUCAGUUAUCAUACACAUUCAAGGAAGUUCUAUCAGUCGAUCAACAUUCUUGAAAACACGAAUACUAAAGGAACAAUGAGCAAAAGCUGUUCCUACGUCCCCCAAAAUUCUUUUAAAAGAAGCGGACUUUCACAAUCUAUGAAGAAGAGAUGUCCAUUUCAACGAAGUUUUUCUGACACUAGUUGUACCCUUGCUUUCAAUCAUUCAAGAACAUGUGUGCGCUUGAAAAAUAAUCGUGCACACACAGAGCGUGCUUUCUUGGACGAUUUGUCCGUCUACGCUCUUUCAAAAAUUGUUGCCGAAAAUUCUUGCUCUGAUACGAUUCAGUCUUUAGUAUGGUCCCUAGCGCUUCCGAAGCUAGAAGAUUUGGUGCUUAGCAAAUUUCCACAACCGUGCAUUCAGGACUUUCAGGUUAUAAAAACAAUCAACAGAGGUGCUUUUGGAUCUGUCUUCCUCGCAAAAAAGAAAAGUACAGACGUGCUUUUCGCUAUUAAAAUAGUCAGGAAGGCUGAUCUCACGAAUGCGAACACACUGAAAAAUGUCAUCAAUGAACGUAAUAUAACGAAGAUGUAUCAGCUGUCCUCAAGUAUUGUGAAAUUGUUCUAUGCUUUUGAAAGCAAAUCGUUUAUAUGUUACGUUUUAGAAUACAUGAACGGUGGUGAUUGCUUUUCCCUAUUAUCAAACUUGGGAGCAUUACCUGAAGAUUGGGUCCGUUAUUAUAUGGCACAGCUGUGCUAUGCUGUAGCAAACAUCCACGAACAUGGUAUUAUACACCAUGACAUAAAGCCCUCAAACAUACUAAUUGACAGCGAAGGUCAUAUGAAGUUAACGGAUUUUGGCCUCAGUACGUUCUUGGGUACAAAUACAGACUAUAAACACAAAAGCACAUUUAUAAGAAGCCAUACCAGAAGUCGUUCUGUCGAUAUCACCAAUAGUACCAAGAAAAGUGACUUGUGCUGCCGUCUCGAAAAUGUGCACAUUAAAUGUGCCGACGAAGCUAUUUACAGUCUUCUUGACUGUAGCAUUCUUACUGACAGUUGUCAAAAACACCGAACUCGAGUUGCAGGUACACCGAGCUAUCUUUCACCAGAAGCAAUUGAAGGAGAUAUUACCACAGAAAUGGUUGACUGGUGGGCUCUUGGGUGCGUCAUGUUUGAAAUGCUUUUUGGCCGUCCUCCGUUUGUUGCAGAAAAUGUAAAUGAUCUCUUCAACAACAUUGUUAAUCAACCAAUUAUGUGGCCGAAGAACAAGGACGCCUGCUCUAAAGAAGCAAUUGAGAUGGUAACACAGUUGCUGGAUAAGAACCCUUGCAAGCGACUUGGUGUUGCAGGGUUUAUACAAAUCCAAAAUCUUAGUUUCUUUAAGGACUUUGAAUGGUCUAGCAUCCUUACCAAUACGGGCCCCUUUGUUCCAAAGACAAUGGACCCUGAAGCACUUGAUUAUUUCAAAGUUCCGAAUUAUAAACACAUGUGUGAGAAUACUUUUGAAGAAUUGCAAGGAGAUGCUGUUGCCUUGCAGAAGUGCCAAAGCAUGGACUCUAGCACAACGCAAAGCACCCAGAAAAGUAGUACGUGUACUGAUAUUUCACCGAUUACCUUUUCUGGAACACGGUGUUUUGUUUCGACAAACGAACAAGGAUCAUUUCUCAGUAUCCCAUUACUCUCCGUGUUCCAUUAUUCUAAUCUGGGUGCAUUAUGUACGUGCAACAAGGAGAUUUUAAAGUCUUUUGCCGUUACGUAUCGGCAAAUUAUAGAACGCCAUGAAGCCAAGAGUUGUUUCUCAUUGAGCAAGUUUUGUUCUUCUUCACUUUAAUACUUUCGUUUUUUGUCUAAUAGGUGAAGCAGAGUAAUGAAUAACAUUUAAUACGAUUCAAUCUAGUAAUUGCUUUAGUACAGUGUAUUCAGUAUGCAUUUUUUUGCCGCUUUAUGGUCGUUCGUACCAGUCACCU